GCCAUGAUGUCUAACAUCACAGCAGAGCAUACGGGAUGAUGACAGGGUCACGCCAGAGCCGUUCAGACAGACCAAGAACCACAAACAUUCCCACUGCCAUUCUAGAGUGAUCCCAAGACAGAAGGAAAGGGGGAAGGGAAGAAGGUAAAAAGAGUGUGAGAGAAAAAGAGGAGGAGGGAAAUGUCUGAAUGGGCACAACCCCUCAUCCCAAGCUGCUUCAGUUCUCAUUCACUCAUGUGGGAGUCAGUAUGUUUUAGGAAGAAUUUGGAAGUCAUCUGUAACACCACGAAUGGCAUGGUUGUUGGAGUUGAGCUGUAUGCUGAGUGAAAUCGAUCAUGACUGUGAUGUCAUUGCCAAAUUGCAGGAACCUUGACCUCUGAGCAUGUUUUCACGACUGCGACACUGAGCCAUGGGUAACUCAGAAAGUCAUAGCGGCAGCCAUGGUUACUAUGGAGAUGUUCAGCGCCACCUCUCCCGUAAGCACAUGUCCCGCUCACUACGUCUGUCCAGCAAGCAGACAUACUCUUCCCGCCGAACUCCAUCUGGAAAACCAGAACACCGCAACUCUGAAACGAGCACACGCUCGAGCAGCACUCCCAGUAUCCCGCAGUCACUAGCCGACCACGGCCUGGAGCCUUUCAAUGAAUCCGACAUGCUCCCAGACUUCAGCGGUCCCAUUUGGGUGGACCGUUUGGCUAUGAAUCUCAGGCCAAUGUCAUUGCACAACCAUCCGGCACAUUCGCCAGCUGCAACUCAUACCAUCACCACCAAGCAAGUCCCACAAGAAGUUGACAAGCCACCUAUUGACACGACCAUCCAACGGACGUGGGACGGUGCCCAAGAGGGGGCUAGCUUUAAGAAGAAGCGCUCAAAGUCUGCAGACAUGUGGCGAGAAGAUUCACUCGAGGUGUCUUUGUCCGACCUCAGCCAGGAGCACAUGACCAGCACAGAGGAGAUUGGAGACGUGCCCAACGAUUACGUACACCAUUUACAGUUGUCCACUCACGGACUGGAGUUGCUGGACUCAAACCACGGCAAUUCUUUAGAUGAACUGUACGGACCAAAGAGCCCCACCUGCAGGCCGCCACAUGGACGCUAUGCCAAAUGGCACAAGGGCGCUGCCACGAAUCGAGAAAUUGUGGUCGAUAAAAUUGUGUCACCGUGCGAGGACGAUGGCGCUGUUUUCGGAGCAUACACUCUGCCAUGUCGCCGCUCACACUGUUUGUCAGAGGGACUGACCAAUCAUCAAGGACUUAUGCAAGGGAGGCGGGCACAAACCAUACAGGAUGUCACGGCGGGGGACGCCAGUGAUUAUGAGGACAGCAGAAUCGAUGGGCUGACAGGAGACAACGAGGCGUCUCAUCAGGUUCGGCGCUACAAGACCAUGUCAGCAUCUUUCUCUGCCUACUCCACGUCAGCAGGGGGCGCUUUCACUGGGAGUGACAGUGGCAGCAGCAGUGGGGCUGGGGCGGGACCCUCAGAAGGCACACAGGGAGUCUAUGAGAACUUCCGUCAGGAGCUGGAGCAGAACGUGAGUCCAGCGGAGGUACCCGAGGAGAGGAGUUCGGCAUUCAGCGAUGAGCAGAGCAGUGUCACUCUGAGCUCCGCCUACCACACCGAUCCUCUGCUGAAUGUGGCCGCCGUACAGGGAACCGUACGUAAAGCCGGACGCCUCAGCGUCAAAAACUUCCUGGUACACAAAAAAAAUAAGAAGGUGGAACUUGCACCUCGCCGCAAGUGGAAGAGCUACUGGGUGUCUCUCAAGGGAUGCACUCUGUUUUUCUACGAGACGGACGGGCGGUCGGGGAUUGACCACAGCAGCAUUCCUAAACACGGCGUGUGGGCUGAGAACAGCAUUGUCCAGGCUGUCCCAGAACACCCCAAAAAAGAUUUCGUCUUCUGCUUGAGUAACUCACUCGGAGACUCAUUUCUUUUUCAGACCUGCAGUCAAACUGAGCUGGAAAACUGGAUCACGGCUAUCCACUCAGCCUGUGCCACAGCCGUCGCUCGGCAGCAUCACUGCGAAGACACAGUGCGUCUCCUGCGAGUGGAGAUCCGUAAGCUCGAGCAGAAGAUCGAUAUGGAUGAGAAAAUGAAGAAAAUGGGAGACAUGCAGCUCUCUGCCGUCACAGACACCAAAAAGAGAAAGACCAUCCUGGAGCAGAUUUUCCUGUGGGAGCAGAAUUUAGAGCAGUUCCACAUGGAUCUAUUCCGGUUCCGCUGUUACCUCUCCAGCCUGCAGGGAGGUGAGCUUCCUAACCCCAAACGCUUGCUGGCUUUUGCGUCCCGUCCCACCAAACUCGCCAUGGGCCGUCUAGGCAUCUUCUCGGUUUCCUCCUUCCAUGCUCUGGUGGCGGCUCGUACCGAGAGCGGCGUUAGGCGUCGGACGCAGGUGAUGUCGCGGUCAACCAGUAAACGUAAGAGCCGUUUCUCCUCACUGUGGGGUCUGGACACCCACUCCAAGAGAAAGAGCAAAGGACAUCCUAGUAUUAACCAGGUUUUUGCAGAAGGUGAGGACCCUGUGAAAAGCCCAUUAGAAGGCCUAUUUGAAGGGUCUGUCAGGGAAUCAACGAAAGACUCCAAGACCCCAGUGAAAGUUCUGCCAAGACCCAGCACGGAUCACGACAUCUGGUCCAAAGACCAUCUCACUCCAUCAUGGCUGUGCCUGCCAAACGACCAGCCUGUAUUAGCCAUCAUUCAGCCGGGAGAGUCAGCUCUAGAUAUUCUGGAAACUAUCUGCAAGGCUCAUCAAUUGGACCCCACUAAACACUAUGUGCGACUGAAGUUUCUCAUUGACAACCAAGUGCAGUUCUACAUCCCUAAACCAGAAGAGGAUAUUUAUGAUCUGCUGUAUAAGGAGAUUGAGCUGUGCUAUAAGAUCAGGAAGGUUAUACAGUUUGAUCGAGAUGAAUCCUGCAUGAUCGGCUAUGGUUUCUCCAUCUCAGUGGUUGAGGAGGAUAGCAUUCAGCAGCUCUAUAUCACCGACGUCAGAGCUGGUGGAUUAGCGUUUGCUAAAGGUUUGAAUGCAGGAGACGAGAUUCUUCAGCUGAACAGGAAGGACGCCAGUACUCUGACCUUUGCUGAUAUGAAGGUGGCAUUCGCUCAGGUCUCUCUGUCUCUCACGGUGAACACGAUGCCCCCUGUUGACCGCCGACAGCUCUGCUUCCUGCCUCCGAGACGCUCUGAUGUUGUGGACAACCUCUAUACAGACAUAUUCUCUCAGAGUCAGGAGGAGAUUCUUGAUGAUGGCGUUGGCCUUAUCGUUGAGUCUUCAGGAGAAAGUUUAGAUGACGACUCGGAGCUCUUUGCUGAAUUUGACGACUGCAACAGAGACAGUAAACGCUCAUCUGACUCCAUUUACGACAUGCUACACCUGAGUACAGAGCAGGUCGCAGCUUUCUGUCGCAGUCUUCACGAGAUGAAUCCUUCAUCCGAGGUCGUCUCCUCUUCCUCAUCUGGACCGGAGUCUUCCUCGCUCCCUCCAAGCAAUGCCACCCCCCGCCAGCUUACCGAUGCCGACAAACUCCGCAAAGUCAUCUGCGAACUGGUGGAGACGGAACGCACCUAUGUCAAAGAUCUGAACUGUCUGAUCGGAAGAUUUUUAACUCCGCUGCAGACGGAGUCUUUCCUCACUCAAGACGAGCUGGACGUGCUGUUUGGAAAUCUCCCGGAGAUGCUGGAGUUUCAGGUGGAGUUUCUGAAGACAUUGGAGGACGGAACCAGACUGGUGCCAGACCUGGAGAAACUGGAGCGGGUGGAACAGUUCAAGAAAAUCCUCUUCUCUCUGGGCGGUUCUUUCUUGUACUACGCCGAUCGCUUCAAGAUCUACAGCGCUUUCUGUGCCAGCCACACCAAAGUACCGAAAGUGCUGGUCAAAGCGAAGACGGACACAGCCUUCAAGGCGUUUCUGGAUGAGCGGAACCCAAAACAGCAGCAUUCAUCCACAUUGGAGUCGUACCUGAUCAAACCCAUCCAGAGAGUGCUGAAGUAUCCUCUACUGCUGCGAGAACUGCACUCACUCACUGACCCCGACAGUGAGGAGCACUACCAUUUGAACGUUGCGAUGAAGGCCAUGAACACAGUUGCCAGUCACAUUAAUGAGAUGCAGAAGAUCCAUGAGGAGUUUGGCGCUGUGUUUGACCUUCUCAUUUCUGAACAGACUGGAGAGAAGAAAGAGGUUGCUGACUUGUCUAUGGGAGAUUUACUCCUCCACAGCAAUGUGACAUGGAUCAACCCGUCCUCUUCUCUAGGAAAGUGCAAGAAAGAACCACAGCUGGCCACAUUUGUGUUCAAAACCGCUGUUGUCUUCAUCUGUAAAGACUUCUCAAAACAGAAGAAGAAAAUGGGUGGCUCUCAUAGAGCAUCAGUCUCAGGUGAAGAGAAAGAUCCAUUCCGUUUCCGUCACAUGAUCCCAACUGAUGCGCUUCAAGUGCGUGCCCUGUCCAACACAGAUGGAGAGAGUGCAGCCGUGUGUGAGAUCGUCCAUGUGAAGUCUGAAUCAGAGGGAAGACCAGAGAGAGUGUUUCAGCUCUGCUGCAGUUCUCCAGACAGUAAGAAAGACUUCUUAAAGAUGGUUCAUUCCAUACUGCGAGAUAAACAGCGUCGUCAGCUUUUGAAGACUGAGAGUCUUCCACUUAGUCAGCAGUAUGUUCCCUUUGGAGGGAAACGACUGUGUGCUCUAAAAGGAGCUCGACCAGCCAUGAACAGAGCAGUUUCUGCACCGACUCGCACUCUGGGCCGGAGGAAACUAGUUCGAAACCGCUUCACCAUCGAUACAGACAUCGUUUUCGACACCGAGCCAGACAGCGACUCGCCAGACUCCCAACAUGCCGAGCAACAGGGCGUAGUUCCAGCAGGCGACACCGACCGCUGGGUGGAGGAACAGUUUGAUCUUCAGCAUUACGAAGAACAGGAACACGAUGUGAAAGAAACUGACAUUCUGAGUGAGGACGAUGACUUCUGUCUGUCCGCUCUCAGCCCGUCCACUGAACCGGACAUGGAGGGACCGUUCUCCACUCUCUCUCUGGAGGGGGACACGGCCGAAGAAGAGGAGAAGGAAGAAGAGGAACAGGGAGGAGAAGAAGUUGAGGAGAACAAGAAGGACUACAAAUCAAAGCAUGCUGCCAAGUUGUCGCAUUUAGGCAAGCAGUGUGCCAUGUCCGUGACCAGUGUGGACGAGCAGGCGGUACUUGAUGAUGUCAUAUGGGUGCGAAGGAACGACAGCAGCACAGAGAAUGAGAUACAGGAAAACCCCGAGAGCUGAAGCGCAUCAGGAGUCCGAAAAAACUGUCAAAACCAGUGCUUGUCGCUGCACUAGAAAUGCAUGAUGACGGCUUCUACGCGCUAAUAUUCCUGAAUGUUAGACAACUUUUUGAAAUAGCUGUAAGAUAUCACGCUUUUCCACCAUAGACACAUAAACACAUUAGAUGAGUUCGACAUGUGUGCUGCGGCCAAUCAGAAACAUGGAAAACAUGGUGGUACAAUCAAUAGAUAUAAUCAGCAUCUAGAACUGCACAUUUAACCGCUGACAGCUUCAUACGUUUGACCGCCAACGCCUGCCAAAACGUUUCUCUGUUUUUAUUGUUUCGUUUUUGCAUAUGAGUCCUAAAGCUGUUUAAUUACAAAAUAAGUUGUAAUAACAGGCUGUCAUUUAUUUAUUAUAUCCUUUAGAUGUAAGAAAAACAACAGCCUGAUCAAAUAUCUCACGUUUAAUAUUUUUAUUUUUAACAUUGCCAUAUAUUUGUACAGAGAUGCUGUAAACACAGUUUUUUUGGUUGUAUAUAUUUGCGUUUAUUUCUUUUUGAUUUAUCCGUGACCGAUUUUUGAAAGGUUCUGUACACAUUGACCUGAAUUAUAGGCUACAUAUACAUUAAAUAUUCAUAUGACAUUGGAAGUUGAUUUAGAUGUGCAAAUCACAGGUCAGAGAAAUGCCUCACGUUGUUAAACGUAAUUGAUUUAGACUUUUUUUAUUACUUUUUUUAACAGCUUAUUCUAGGUCACUGUUUCCUGUUUUACUUGAAUUUUGUUGAUAGUCAAAAGUACGUUUAUUUCCAUGAUUUAAAAUUCCAAAUUUGCUGGAUGCAAUCAAGAGGAGCCACUGGAUAUAAAAAUAUUUUGGAUGAAAUUGAAUUCUAAUUGAAAAUGUUCCCAUAGAGCUAUAGAGACUGCAUUAUUAUUUUGUAAAUAGAGUUGUUGAUUGAUAUUAUAUCAAAUAAACUUGUUUCGUACAU